CGUGGAGCUCCAUUGAAACUGCCUGCCCAGUACAGAGACAGUGAAGGCGUACAGGGGGGCGGACCGGGAAAGGAAACUUGACAGAAAACAGCAGCAGCCAACCCGCUGACCUCCAUAUCACCACCACUAUUAUUAUUAAUAUUAGUAUUUCUGAGGAGAGGCAACUGAGCUCGCGGAGCGGCGCGCUGUCGUUGCGGCGGAGGCGCGCCCAGCUCAAAGGAACAGGAGGAAAAACGGCCAGAACAAGGGAGAGGGCACAUCUGGGAAAAGAGAAGGAGUGCAUCGAAAAGUGACUCAGCCACAGGUAGCUGUUGUGGCAGAAGAUAUCUGAGUGCAGGCAGGUCAUGCGGAUUUCUCUGGCGGGUGACCGGAGCGCCGAGCGACAGUAGUAGACGCCGGGAAAAAGAAGGAGAAGAAGAAGUAGAAUAAUAAUAUUAAGAAGAAGAAGAAGACCGCUUCUCUGCCGCGCCGUCCGUCCAAGCGGGCUACGGACUCGAGGGGAGAGCCAUGUCCCGAAGGAAGCAGAGCAAACCCCGGCAGAUCAAGCGUUCCCUCGGGGAUCUAGACGGCGGCGAGGAAAACACACCAGACAACCUCAGCCUAUCGGGGGAGGAGGGCGGAGCCUCGGACCCAGACGAUUCGGCGGAGGGCGACAGCUCCAGCCCGCCGCCGUUCACGCCGCUCUACAACGAAGAGCCCCGAACCCAGGACUCUCAGGGGUUACCUGAUGACAAAGACAGGGACGGGGAGGAGAAAGGUCCAACGCCCAGCGCCGGGGAGGAGGAAGACGAAGGGGAGGAGGAAGAGGAGGUGUUACGGUGGCGAGGUCCAGAUGAUCUGGAGUUGAAUGAAGGCAGUCAGGACAGCAGGGUGGUGGCUCGCAGGGAUCUGCAUCCAGAAACAGUGUGGGGCCCCUACCCAGGAACUGUCCAAUCAGAGGACAGCACAAAUGACCAGGAGACGGAGAGCCCCAAGCUGAAUCUGGUGUGUGAAGAUCCAGACUGUUGGCUGAGCCGAGUCCCGCUGACCUCCAGUGACGCAUCUGCCAACUGUACCAUCUACAGCCGAGGUGAGGAGCUGUUCUGUAAGGUGACCAGAGAGCUCGUGUCUGGUGAAAGCCUCAUGGCCUCCCUGUCGCUCCUCUCCCGCUCCUCCUCCUCGCCGCUGGACCAGCUUUCCCCUCCGCUCAGCCUCGUCACUCAGAAAGCGUCGGUGAAGGAGGAGCCGCUGUACCCGGCGGCGCUGCACUCGGACAUCCAGCUCCUCCCGCAGCAGGCCGGCAUGGCGGCCAUCUUGGCCACCGCCGUCGUCAACAAGGACAUUUUUCCCUGUAAAGACUGUGGGAUCUGGUACCGCAGCGAGAGGAACCUGCAGGCCCACCUCAUGUACUACUGCGCCAGCCGACAGAAGCAGCCCGCCGCGGCCUCCUCCCCACCGCAGGACAAACCCAAGGACUCCUACCCCAAUGAACGCGUCUGCCCCUUUCCCCAGUGCAACAAGAGCUGCCCCAGCGCCAGCUCGCUCGAGAUCCACAUGCGCACGCACAGCGGUGAGCGUCCAUUUGUCUGUCUCAUCUGUCUGUCGGCCUUCACGACGAAAGCCAACUGUGAGCGUCACCUUAAGGUCCAUACGGACACGCUGAACGGGGUGUGUCAUGGCUGUGGCUUCGUCUCCACCACUAGAGACAUACUCUAUAGCCAUCUGGUCACCAGCCACAUGAUUUGCCAGCCUGGAUCCCGCACUGAGGUCUAUUCCCCGGGGCCAGGCCUGCCUAAGUUGCCCCUAGCCACAGGUCUCAGUCCAGGAGACUCUGGGGUGGUGCUUAAGUGUCAGGUGUGUGGCCACAAUUCCGACUCACCUGCCCAGCUUCAGCAGCAUGUACGUACCCACCUGGAGGUCAGGGUUCCUGCCGAGAGGAGCCCAACCCCUCGCCAAAGCACCCCAUCAUCAGUCGACCACCCCCAACUCCAGCCCUCACCCCAGGACAGGGAGCCUCCAGCCUGUGUCCCACGCCCAGACUCCUCUAGCCCAGGUGCAAACGGUGGCUCGGCUACGCCACGAGGAUGCAGUCCUCCUGAUCUUCCAGCUACUGACGUGAUAAUCAAAGAGGAACCUCGCUCAGACUCCGACACAGAGGAGCAGGGAAUGGAGAUGGGCGAAGGUGGAGAGGAGGAGCAGGAUGGUGAAGGAGAGGGGGAUGAAGAAUCAAGGACAAACGAGAGGCACAUUGCCACAGCCUCUUCUCAGGCAUCGACUUCUCCCAAGAGUCCAUCUGUCACGGCUGUAAAGGCAGAACCAAUGAGUCCCACCCCCGGUUCUAGCCCCGCGCACGUUGGAGGGGCAGGGUCCAUGUUGCCAGGAGGAGCAGUGUUUCUCCCACAGUACAUGUUUAGCCCAGAGGCGGCUAUCUUGCCUCCAGCCUCAGAGAUACUGGCUAAAAUGUCAGAGAUGGUCCACAGCCGUCUGAAACAGGGCCAAGCCAUUACUCAAAACAACCCAGCCGCCUUCUUCCCCUCUGGAGCAACUGGAGCUACUUCUACUGCCACUCCGCCUCAUAAAGGGGCCACUUGCUUUGAGUGCGACAUCACCUUCAACAACAUCAAUAACUUCUAUGUGCAUAAGAGGCUGUAUUGUUCAAGCAGGCACCAGUCAGAAGCCCCUGCUCCAGCCUCAGGCCCAGGGCUGGCUAGGGACGCAGCCCCAGCCGCUGUGCCUUCCAGUGGGGGACAUGGCUCGUCUGCAUCCCCCCCGGGUGGACCAGCUAGCAGAGCCGCCUCAGCCUCGCCCACUGACUCAGACCCUGCAGUUGGGAGUGGAGCAACAGAGGCCAGGAGGCUAAUGGAGGUGAAGACAGAAACCCCAACAGUGAAAGAGGGCGUGUCAUCUUCUUCUGAAGGAGAGGGAGGAGGUGGGAGCGUUGGAGGAGGAGGUGGAGGAGGAAGGGCAAGUGAGGGCAGCCAGAGUCCUGCCAGCUGUUCUGCCGAGGACCCAGAUGACGACCCCACUAGAACCUUCUGUGAGGCCUGCAACAUUCGCUUCAGCCGUCACGACAACUAUACUGUCCACAAGCGCUUCUACUGCGCUUCACGCCACGACCCAUCCAACCAGCGUGCCAACCACAUGGCCAAGGCUACCGCCACCGCCACCUUCCUUCCCCAGCCCAUCCGCACACGCAAGAGGAAGAAAAUGUAUGAGAUCCACAUGGCCAGAACUGAAGCUUUAGCUAACGCUGCUGCUGUUGUCGCUGCCGCUGCUGCCUCUGUCCCAUCUCCCUCUGCUCUGAGCCUGGCUGUGAAACAAGAAGUUUCCCCUCAUGGGGCAGGCAGUUCCAGCCCUGAAGGAGAUGGGCCAAUCGACUUGAGCAAGAGGCCCCGGCUAAGAGAGGCUCCUCGGCGCAGCAGCAGCAGCAGCAUUCUCCCUGCCCUGCCUCUUACCGACUACCACAAAUGCACAGCUUGCAGUAUCAGCUUCAACAGCAUUGAGAACUACUUGGCUCAUAAAACCUACUAUUGCCCUGCCACCACCCUCCAUCCCCACACCUUGGAGCAGCUCCACAGGCUCAAGCGGCCGGCCUCCACCUCUCCCAAGAGCAGGCCUCAGCAGGAGCGCCCAGAUCUUCUCCACCCCAUGGAGGCUAAAGCUCUCCCUGCUGAGUGGGUUCCCCAGGGUCAAGGCACCUCACCCAGCCCUCAUCCCUCUUCCUUACCUGGUUGUGAUGCAACAUCCCCUCAGCAUACCACCACCACCACCACCCCCGCCCUUGCCGCCACCCCAGGAGCUGGGGCGAAAGGUGCUGUUUCACCCCAGGUGGUCUGCCCUUACUGCCCUAACAGGCCCAUCACAAGUGACUUGGUGGAGCACUUCAAGACUGCCCAUGGCCUGGUCCUGACCGUGCAGCCGCCCCAGGAGGCCCAGCCCCCAUCAGGAAGUGUGGUCAGCCCUAGCCCUAGUCUCAGUCCUAGGGAUGGAGUGGCUGCAACUGCCUCCACCUCCACCACCCUCACCAACCAGCCCAAAUCACGUUCCAGAGUCCAUCGAGACAGUGUCAACGGGCAGGAGAGGAGAGAUACGGCUUCCCCUUCUUCCCCACUGGUGAAUGGUAGUCCUUUGGGUGGGGGUGGCUCCCCUCCAGUCGGCUCACCUCUGGCUGUGUCCCCCACCAGGGCUCACUCUCUGACUGUGUCACCUGUGCCUGAGGCCCUGAGGGAGCCUGUGGGGUCAUCCCUCCGUCCAGACAAGGCUGUCGUAGCCGUGGCCUCCAACCCACUCCCUACACCCCCUGCUCCCUCCGUCCCGGGCCCUAAGACCCCACUGACGUCUCCUGUCCAGAACGGUAACUCCCGUUACUGUCGGCUGUGCAACAUCAAGUUCAGCAGCCUGUCCACCUUCAUAGCUCAUAAGAAAUACUACUGCUCCUCACACAGCGCCGAACAUGUCAAGUGAGUUAAGAAAUUCUCUCCUUCCUCCUCUUCUACCCCUCCGCUCUCUCUGUCCCUGAGUGGAGGUUUUCUUUCAUUCACUUCCAAGAAGCUAAGACGCCCUCCCGCCCUUCAUGCCAGUCGUCCCGUAUGUGUGCCAAGACGGCGCUCGGCUGGCAUCACCAUGUAUGAAACUGAGUGACUGUUACUCACCUGGCAGGGCCUGAUAUCCAACUGCCCUGGGGCAGAAUUUGCAGGUGGUGUUACUAAAAUACGGUAACUAAUAAUCCUCCUUCUAUGGGUCAAAGUUCAUAUUACACUAAGAGCUGAGAUGAUGCUACCUGGCUUUCUGCCUAUCUACCUGCACACACUAGGGUGCCCUAGAUGAUCGUCCCCAGAGCAUUUCACCUUCACUCUUCGUUCUUCUCCACCAUCCAGUAUGUGCCACUCGCAGGCCUCACAGUAUGUUGCAUUAUGGGACGUUAAAAAGAUCUAUGUCAACCCCCGUUUCCGUCUCUCUGCCGAACCACAUUGUUUAGAAUGACUAACUUGAUUCUGACUGUUGGAAGCUUUUCUUGCUGAUGAUGAUACAGUAACAACAAUGCUGAUUACGAUGAAUCAAUAGUCUUUUCCUGAGCUCUUGAUGCUCCUGAACUAAAAGGAGGAAUCAUUUCUCUCGUGUGGAAAAGACUUGAUUAUUGUUAAUGUUUUUAAUAUCUGUGCAUAGUGUAUGAUGUCUGAAAAAGAAUUCUAUAAUGCUUUUGGUUUCAACACUGGCUCUUUUUGCUUACUAGAGAGGCUAAAGUGUUUUUAGCUGAAAAUAAAUAUGUGGUAUCACAAUGUUACCAAUUACGGAAGGAUAAUAUUUCCAAAUGGACAGUUUUGCUUUUCUUUCAUAUCCACAAAUUUUUAUUUUCUCUUUAAAAUGCAAGGGAGAAAAAAAAUGUGAAAUAUUUAUCUUUGAGUCCUCACUGAUUUCAUGUCAACGGAAAACUACCUACCUAGUGUCUGAGAGUAUUUGUAUUUUUUAUUUGUAUAUUUUUCAUACUGUUCAAAGGAACUGUUUGGAUCUGGGUGUGUUGAAGUGUAUUUUCUAAGUGUAGAUAUGUAAUAUCUUCUCACAGUAAUCACUGGGAUCACACUGAAUCUUGUUAUCACUUUAGCAUUUUGUCUUUCAUUUAUGUAGUCUUUAAUUGAUGGUGAGGUUAGAAAAAAACAACACUGUGUUUGUUUUGACCUCCUCUAGUACACAGCUAAUUAGCAACACAAUUAGAUCAUAACGGCUUCAGAUAUAAAGCUUUCCUGAGCAGAAAUAUUAAGUGUGCAUUUCAGAUGCCAUUGUUUUUACAUUUGAGUAAAAACAGUGGAGCCUCCCAAAUUUGAAGGAAUGCCAAUAGAAGACUGGUAGAAUUUUUUUUUCUUUGAAGGCCUUUUUUUUUUUUAACAAUACAACUCCUCUCCUUUGCCCUCCUCUGUUUUCCAGAAGCAAAGGUUUUAUCAUCAUGCUCUUCACACUCACCCCAUUCUCCAUACUAAUUGCAGGGGUGUUAAGGGAGCGCCCUGACCCAUUUGGCAUCUGUUCCUAGGUAAUAAUUCUCUCCUCUCCCUCUUUGUCUGAUGAAUCCAUGCUAUGAAGUUACCAGCCUCACACCAUGUAGUGUGUUUACUUUACACUUACACAGCUCUACACUUAUAUUUUGCAGACCGCUACUAUAUUGAUGGCUGAUACUGUCAGUUCUACUAAGGGAUCUGUAAAACACAUCAACAGCUCUGUGUCUAAUUUGCACAUCUUGAAAGGUGUGAUUUUUUUCUUUUUUUUUUUUUUUUUUUUAAAUAAUGAUUGUGUUUCUGUCCGGUAAUGAAGGUGUAACAGGAAAAAGUGUCAAGUCAUCACAAUGUAGAACAGCACACUUCGCACAGUAGAUAAACACGUAUACAUUAACCAGUAUACAUUUGGCCUGAGUAUAUUCUUUCUCUGUAGUUCUCUCCCAUUGAUGCAUAGCACACACACACACACACACACACACACAUACACGCACCGUUUGCUCCUUAUGUUCCUGUGCUACUGUUCAAAAUGCAAUACAGUGUUAGCUAGAACUGUGAAAUGCAAUUUUACUUCCAACACCAAUAUAAACGUACCAGGAGUCGACUGAUAUGGGUUUUUUGAAGGCCAAAACUGAUGGAGAUGUUGUCCUGUUUUCAUAUCCAUAUAUGGUCAAUAUACGUUUUUAAGGCUGAUGCCAAUUAUUUUCGGAUUGAAGCUGCUCAAAGCCAAUAUUUUUUUUCCAGAUAUUAUCAUCAGAUAUGGUGUUUUCAUGUCCCCAAAUCACAAAAAAAAAAAAGAAAAAAAAAUCAAGGUGGGAAAGCCUUUCAAACAGCAUCUGCCCCAUUAUGGGACCCUGAAGCUCUCCACUGAAGGCCAGACUAAUGAAACAGAUGUAGGUGGGUUAGCAGGGUGACACUGCAGGUUUUACACACUGUUGAGUAAAAUGAUUUCACAGCACACAGGAAUAAUUUCUUUGGUCACAUCAUAUUUAAAAUGAACUCGUGUUGGUUAGCUUUGGUCACAGAGGAACCUCCGUCAUAUCAGAGGUGGACCACACUGACUGGACCAUGUCUGAUUUUAACAAACAGAUUGAUAUCAGUCUGACCCUCAGCUUUACCUACAGACACAAAGUGGCCAGGAGUGGAGCUGGAAAUUCACGGACCCACACAAGACAGAUAUGGACCUCUAUUAUGUGAUUUAUGCUACAGUGGUAAUGUUGAAGGACCCUAACUUAAAGGGAUAGUUCACCCAUUUUGAAAAUGUGAUAUUAUUUCAUUUCCCCCAGUAGCACCAAUACUGUCCUACAUAACAGCUUGGGGGGGAAGGUGAAAUUCACACUUUCUCAGCCUUCAGCCUUUUUCCUUUGAUCAACUGAGUUCUCACACGUCAUGCCAGCAGUGCUUGGGAGGGGCUAAUCCAUGAAAACACACAGGUGCGUUUAGGUGCGUUUGCAAGACUUGUCUCCAAAAUUCCUCUGAAUAUGCAGUUAAACAAUUCAUUCUGAUUUCCAAACGACUUGUUAUCCUUCGUUGCUGUCAAUCAUUCAAAAGAUGGAAAAGUAAGUUGGUUGCGAGGUGUUUUCAAAAAAUAUCUGCAGUCCAAUUUUUACAUUACCUGUUACGGGUUACAGUCAGCCAUUUUUGUCAUUAGAUCACUGUACUCCUGUUACAUGUAAUCAUUUACUCCCCCGUCCUGCUUCCCACCCGCUCCACUGUGGAACCAGACCCCUGCUGUGUUCACCCGACGUGUCUGUCCCCAAAACUGGAAAGCAAACGUAAAAGUGGAGGGUUUUUAACAGGGAAGGAGAAGCAUUAAUGGAGGGUACCAGUCCCAUCUUGUGAGUGUUUACAGUCGUGUUGGUCUGUCUCUCGGUUCUUAAAGGGAGAGAGAAGAUGCAAGAGAGAGCAGUGUCAGCUUUUCACAGAUUGAGGAACUCAGUGCUGGAAAACCAUCUUUUGAAUUAACCCUUUUUUUAUUGCACUGUGUUGUAUAAAAAUGUGCUGAAUGUUUUAGCUUUAGGGACUUUUUUGUAAUAUAUUUAUGUUUAUACAGCACUUUUCCUCGUACUAAACCCAUCAUUGUUCUACUUUGAAGGACUUUUUGAAAAUUUUCAACCCUCUCAUGUAAAACUUUAAGUUGAAAACAUUUUUUGUGAAUGAUUCCGAUGAGUCAAUAAUGGAGAAAAUUACAAUGAAUGUCAGACUGUUUAUUUUUUUUUCUUUUCCUUCUUUUUUUUUUAAAUAUUAAUUUCAUUUCAAGUUCCACUACACUCUUGUCCAAACUAUGCAUGGGAAAUAAAAAAAAAAUGUCCUGACAGACA